AUGGCAAAGAAAGUACUGAUCAUUUAUGCCCACCAGAGCUCUGGUUCAUUCAACGCUGCAGCUAAAAAUGCUGCUGUGGAGGUUCUGACUGCUCAGGGCUGUACAGUAGAAGUGUCUGACCUGUAUGCCAUGAAUUUUAAAGCCACAGCCACUGAUGAGGAUAUCAAAGGAGAAGUGAAGGAUGUUGAGAACUUCUGUUAUCUGAAGGAGAGCAGGAUUGCCUGGGAGGAAGGAAGACUGUCAGAUGACAUCACACGGCCACAAAAAAAAAAACCUGAAGCAGAUCUGUUAAUUUUUCAGUUCCCCAUGUACUGGUUUGGACUUCCUGCAGUCAUGAAGGGUUGGAUUGACCGGGUGCUCACUCAUGGAUUUGCCUUUUCCCAGGAGAAGCGCUACAGCCAGGGAGUCUUCAAGGACAAGAAGGCCAUGUUGUCCUUCACCACUAUGUCCCUUGAAUCCAUGUUCAGUCCAUCUGGCAUUAAUGGAGACAUGAACGUCACUCUGUGGCCUCUACAGAAUGGCAUCCUGAACUACUGUGGCUUCCAGGUUCUGGCCCCUCAGAUCUUCUGGGCUCCAUCCUCUGCAGCUGAGGAGGAUCGUAAAGCCAUGCUGGAGGCCUGGCGUGCACGACUGCAGGGGCUCCUGGAAGAGAAGCCCCUGUCCUUCUUCUCUCUGGACUGCUUUGAUGAGAAGACUUUCCAUCUGAAGUCUGAUGUUCAGGAAAAACAUGCCAGCGAAGAGUUUGGUCUGACGGCGGGCAUCCACCUGAACAAGCCUCUGCCCCACCACAGCCAGAUGAAGGCUGGAUGCUGA